GCCUUGUCGACUGCCGUUCGUCCCCACUCACGUCAUGUUGAGGUUAUCCCACAAAAGGAAGCUCGAUGUGGUACCAAGACCCUAGCAGCAUGAGGGACGUUAGAAUGCUUGCGAGGUAUCGAUGGAUGUAGUCAUCCGCUCCUGAUCCAUGCCUGAUAACGUGCUUAUGCAUACACAUCACGACUUACCGGAAAGGUGUCUAGGACUGACGUAUAAACAUGCGUCGCCUACGAUUCUACAAGCGAUGUAUCUCGCAGUACCUCUCGAACCAUCUGCUAGGUCGUUAGCCUCGAACUCCAGAGGACGUCGACUGUGAACGCAUAGAUCAUCAUGAGGGCCUCAUACAAGACAGUCCUAACUGUAAUUCCACUCUACGCAACUUCAGUCAUCGCGGAUCGAUAUGCCAGCAACAUAAGACCGGUCGUUAUUGAUGCACCACAAGUGGCAGCUAAUUUCCCUGAUGUCGAUGGCAUUCAGCUGCUAUCACCGGCUUUCCUUAAUCCGGAAAAUGUACCAGCUACAUUCGCAAACGGCACAUCUGGACCGACUCCGCAGCGUGAUUUAGAAAGCUUCGUGAAAAGUCUCACCCAGCGCAACGGAUGGAUCACCUACAAUAGCGACCUGAGAUCUGAGGAGGAUCGCGCGAUACCUUACGUUACAUUGACAAAUGGCAAGAAAAGUAGCAAGAAACUACGGAUCUGGAUCCAAGGAGGCCAACAUGGAAACGAGCCCGCAGGCGACGAGGGCGUGCUUGCACUGCUCGGAAAGUUUGCGCAAGACUCCCAGUGGAGCGCUAAAAUCCUGGAGAAGAUUGAUCUCGUGGUUCUCCCACGCUACAACGUCGACGGUGUCGAGUAUCUGCAACGGCAAUUGGCUUCCAACUAUGACCCUAACCGCGAUCAUGCGGUACUUGAGCGACAGCAAACACGAGCCAUCAGAAAGCUGCAGUCUGAGUUUGACCCUCACGUCUUCAUCGACGAUCACGAGUACACAGGCGGCAACUUGGUAGCGGAAAAGUAUAUCCGCGCGCAAGAUCUUCUUGUCUCCGCCAACAAGAACCAAAAUGUCAAUCCCAGCAUUCGAGCGUUGAACCAGGAGUUCGUGGACGACAUCUUCUCAGUUGCUGAGAGCAAGGACCUGCGGAUCUUUCCAUACUUUACCACGAGUGUUGCUAAUGGAACGAUAACGAUCGAAGAGCCUGAUGCGCUUGCCGCGGCAAAUCACAAAGGUGCUGGGAAUUACCAGGCCCUGACUUUCCUGGUCGAGACGCGGGGCAUUGCUAUCGCGGAUCAGCACUUCCAGCGACGCGUCGCAUCCCAUGUUAUCGUGCUAGAAACGAUUCUCAACAAAGCAGCUGACGAGUUCGACAACGUGUACAAAACCGUUCAAGCUGGACGCGAAGCAUUCGUCGAUAGCUCAGACAACAUCGUCGUAACCUACGAACAGCGCAUCACCAACAAGACAGUCCCCUUCAUCGAUGAGUCAAGCGGCGCGAUUGUUGAUGUACCAGUCCGUUCCCGCAAUAGCGAUCCCUCCAUCGUCACUCUCUCGCGUUCUCGACCAAAAGCCUACGUCUUUUCGCGCGCCUGGGCUGAUGUAGCAGAGCGUCUCCGUAUCCUCGGUGUCACCGUCGAUGUCCUGGAGAAAGACUUUGUCGGAACUGUCGAAGCACUAGUAGUCACGAAGGCUAAGCUCGCAGAAACGAAAUUCGAAGGCAUCGCUGGUACAACCGUCACGACCAAUGUGACGCAGCGUGCGGUUACGAUACCGGCUGGCGGUUUUCACGUUGAUACCAGGCAGAAGAACGCUGGAUAUGCUUUUACGCUGUUGGAACCGGAGGGUGAAGCGAGUCAGGUGUAUUAUAACAAGAUACCGCUGGAGGUGGGGGACGAGUAUCCUGUGUUUAGGGUUUUGUAGACUUCGUUAUAGAAGCUUCUGCAAGAAUAGUAUACGAAGAACCCAUCUGCCGAUGUUGGAUGACUUCUUCGUCCAAAUGAACAUGCAUAUGCCCGUCUUCAGCCCUACAUUUGUCCUGUCAACGUUGCUAGCGCCCGGUAGAAUGCUUCCAGUGUGCUUCUACGAUAAGCCAAGCGAAUCGCGAGAUGGGAUGGUGAUCUGGGGGGCCUGAUACUAAGUUUACCACGCAGACCCUUGGUACCAC